UCAGAGUCAGUCACUCAUCCCAUCACAAUCCAGCUUUAGUUAAUCCCAAAAAGCACCUAACCUCAAGCAAAAAUGUUCGACUGGACCGGUAAGAAUGUUGUCUACGUUGGCAGCUUCAGCGGCAUAGGCUGGCAGAUGAUGAUGCAGCUGAUGCAGAAGGACAUCAAGAUGAUGGGCAUCAUGCAUCGCAUGGAGAACGUCGAGAUGAUGAAGAAGCUGCAGGCCAUGAACCCCUCCGUUAAGGUGGUCUUCAUGCAAAUGAACCUCAUGGAGAAGAUGUCGAUCGAUCAGGCGAUGAAGAAAAUGGGCCAGCUGAUGGGCCACAUCGAUGUGAUGAUCAAUGGCGAGAGUGUGCUGCUCGACAAGGAUGUGGAAACGACGAUGGGCAUGAACCUGACUGGCAUGAUCCACUCGACGAUGAUGGCGAUGCCCUACAUGGACAAGACUCAGAUGGGCAUGGGCGGCAUGGUGGUCAUGAUGUCCUCCGUUUAUGGAUUGGAACCCUCUCCCGCCUUUGCCGUUUAUGCUGCCGCCAUGCACGGCAUCCUGGGAUUCACCCGCUCCAUGGGCGAUAAGAUGAUCUACCAGAAGACCGGUGUCAUGUUCAUGGCCAUGUGCCCGGGCCUCACCAACAGCGAGAUGAUGAUGAACCUGCGCGACAACGUCACCUGGCACCAUUCCGAGUCCAUGGUGGAGGCCAUUGAGAGCGCCAAGCGCCAAAUGCCGGAAGAGGCUGCCCUGCAGAUGAUCCACGCGAUGGAGAUGAUGAAGAACGGCAGCAUGUGGCUUGUCAACAUGGGUCAGCUCAAGGAGGUCAUGCCCACGAUGCACUGGCAGAUGUAAAUGGCUUAGCUAAUAAAGAGUGGCAAAAAGAGUGCCACGUUUGAGAGAUUAUAAAAUA